AUGUUCAACGCCCUCCAAGGACUUGGAAAGGCUGGUGGCGAUGAUGAAACGAUCGGGGCUGCCAUGAAUGCUAUCUUGUAUGCUUGUUUCACCCUGACUGGAUUGUUUAGUGGAUCGCUAUUCAAUCUUCUGGGCAACAAGAUACUGAUGGCAUUCGGCGGGUCCACGUAUGCAAUGUACGCCAUCGCUGUCUAUUUGUGGGGACAUGAUGACAGCUUCGCACCGUUGGGAUUAACAACAGCUGGUCUUCUGGGUGUCGGUGCAGGUUGCCUCUGGACAGCACAAGGGGUGAUGACGCUUACCUAUUCCACGAAGGAGAAGAAGGGGCUUUUCACAGCCAUCUUUUGGGCCAUAUUCAACCUGGGAGGAGUUUUUGGAGGCCUCUUGACCUUUGCAAUCGGUAAAGAGUUCUUAGUGUUUCGGGUCUGCAAAUGAUCUGAGUAAUUGUUG